GAUGUAAACAUGCUAGCUGUGAAAUACGGCACGGACGACUUAGGCAUUAUGAGCAUUUGGGGUGCUAGAGAGCGUUUAAAAAAAUUCGCUUCAAAUUAUGUAGAUUACGCCGUGCGCGUCAAUAUGAAACGGCCAAAAUUUGAAGAACUGGACUAUGCGUUACACGAAUGGUUUCAAAGUCAACGGGAGAGCGGUGUACAUAUAACUAACAAAAUGUUACGAAAGAAAGCUCUGGCCUUGCAUAAGAGUCUUUAUAGCAAAAAUGGAGAAAAAGCAUAUUUUAUAGCCAGUAUGUGCUGGAUAAAAAAUUUCAAAAGACGUUUUGGGAUUCCAAAUUUGACACCGCAAAUCAAGUUAUGUUCUAGAAACGAUAUUGCGUUAGAUGAGGACACGGUGACCACGCAAAACAUAAACACAGAGGAAUUCGGUAAACUUUCCUGGGAUCUAGAUGUAAACGAGAUUGACGUGAAUUUGAUGGAGAUUAACACCACACCAGAGCCCGCUACUCCAAAACUGAAAACUUAUUCUCGGCCGCAAAAAAAGGAUACAGUGACGCCUCAGCCUUCUACUUCUUCUUCUUCCAAGACUGUUGAGACAAAAAUCGUAGAUCGUAACAAGAAAGUGGUAACGAAAAAGAAACAAAAUACAAUAAACAAGAAAAAGGCAAAUGCAGAAAUCAAGAACAGGAAGAACGUGAUUAUUAAGAAAGAAUCCCCGUCUAAAGGCGAAAUCGACAUUGUAGAAAAUCCUCUGGUACCAUACAAGCCAACAAAAACAUAUGUAAAAAAUAAAUCAGUUGAAUCGCAUAUUGCUUUUGAAGAGGACAUUAAGUCAGAGAAAGAAAUAAAAACUGAAAUAGAAAUCACAGAAAAUGAAGUCGAACCAGAACCUGUCAUAAAAAUAGAAUCUGAAGUGCCAGUGGACAGUGACCAAAUGCAAAUAUUUGCUAAUACCGUGGCAUUGCAACUAAAAAAUUUGCCUUUGCAUAUCGCCGUAAAUCUCCAAGUAAAAAUUCAAAAACUUAUUGCUGAAGAGAGUGUUAACUAUAUUAAUUCUAUUAACGGUAGUAAGCAACAAUAACUUUUCAAAAAAUACCUCGACUACCUCAUAUUUGUCUUUAUUUCUUUUAUUACCUGGUUAUUAGCUGUGUAGCGAACAUAUUGUACCUUACUGUAGUCAGUGCCUUACGCAGAGAAACUUCAACACUUAUCUUAAAUGUAUGUAAAG